AUGGAUCUUCUGUGCGCCGCAUAUUCAAAUGCCGAAGAAGAAGAAGAACCCAAACGAAUGAAAUUAUCCCACCAUACUCCCACAACCUCAUCAAAAUCUUCUACUCUUUCCAAUCUCCAUACACAAACUCUCAUUCCGGGUAGCUAUGUUUCCAAACGACAACGCGCUUCUAUUGCUCCUGCAUCUCUUCCCCUUUCAUCAUCUCCUUCUUUCACAUUAUCUGGGAGUAUCUUGGAGGCUGAUAUACCCCAUAACAUUUUAGCAUUGUUGAAAAGUGACGCAAAGGGUCAUAAAAACCUAAACUCGGUAUCUGAAAAGCUAUCUGCAUCUCUAUCUGGACAUACAAGAGCUGUCAAUGCUAUACAUUGGUCAUCAACUCACGCUCACCUCCUUGCAUCUGCUGGGAUGGACAAUAUGGUAUGCAUAUGGAACGUAUGGAGCAGAGAUAAGAAGAAAGCAUGUGUGCUAAACUUCCACAAUGCCGCUGUGAAAGAUGUGAAAUGGUCUCAACAAGGGAACUUCUUGCUUUCUUGUGGAUAUGAUUGCACAUCAAGGUUGGUUGAUGUUGAAAAAGAGAUGGAAACUCAGGUUUUCAGAGAAGAUCAAAUGGUUGGAGUUAUAAAGUUCCACCCAAACAAUUCAAAUCUCUUCCUUUCUGGGGGAUCUAAGGGGCAUAUCAAACUAUGGGAUAUCAGAACUGGAAAAGUUGUGCAUAACUAUAAACGGAAUUUAAGUUCCAUUCUAGAUGUUGAGUUUACAACGAAUGGGAAGCAAUUCAUUUCUUCUAGUGAUGUAUCUGGCAGCAAUAUCAGUGAGAAUUCUAUUAUCGUUUGGGAUGUCUCGAGACAGGUCCCGUUGUCUAAUCAGGUAUAUGUGGAAGCUUACACUUGUCCUUGCGUUAGGUCCCAUCCCUUUGAUCCAGUUUUUGUUGCUCAAUCAAACGGUAAUUAUGUCGCAAUCUUUAGUUCAACACCCCCAUACAGACUCAACAAAUAUAAGAGAUACGAGAAUCAUGGGGUUUCUGGAUUCCAUAUUAAGUGCAAUUUCAGCUUGGAUGGAAAAAAGCUUGCAUCAGGCUCUUCAGAUGGAUCUAUUUACCUAUAUGAUUAUCACUCAUCCAAAGUAAUUAAGAAAAUAAAAGCCUUUGGCCAAGCAUGCAUGGACAUUGCCUUCCACCCAGUUUUGCCUAAUGUUUUUGCUUCAUGUUCAUGGGAUGGAAGUAUUUCCGUAUUCGAGUAA